AUGAGGAGAGAUGUGGCUAAGAGCUAUGCAGAGGUGAGCGUUACAGGAGGAGAUUUGUCCCUCCACAUCCGGACUCCUCGGGUCCUGCUAAUCGUGGAGCUGCCAGCAGGGGUCAGCCUCGUGGAGGGCUUCUGCAGGGAGGCACCUGGAACAGGAGACGAGAUACACUUCAGAAUGCGCCUCAAUGUGGACCAGCACACAGAUGACACAGAGAGUUAUUGCUUCCACUGCCAGUCCUGUGGGACCAGGGUGCUGGAGGAGAGGGUGUUCAAGCGAGUGCUCCCUCUCCCCAACGGCAACUGGAGCUCCCUGGUGGAUGACUGGUGUUGCCAUCCGGACCCCUUUGCCAACCUGAAGCUGCUGCCCCGAGCGGAGGACUGUUUACUGGGCGACACUCACCUCCUUGUGCCCCGGGAUAGAGGCUGUGAGGAGACUCUCACCCAGGAGCUCAGCCCCAGGCCCAUCACCAACAAAAUGGCUGAUGGUCAAAAUCAGGACACACCGAAACCCAACCGCAGGCGUACACUUGUCUCCUGUAAGAGUUGUACAGCUGGCCUGGGAGAGGCUGUGGCACCAGGGACCCUGAAACUCUACAUCACAGAGGUGACGGUGAGACCCAUUGUGGGAGACGGCCAGUUUGAUACCUCUCUAGACAGGUCACUGUUCCUGGAACAGACCAUAGCUGCCAGACUGGUGGAGCUGUCCUCCUCCCAGAGCGUGUUUCGUUUCUCUAUCCAGACCCCAGAUGGAAAAGCCUUCGUAUUGUGUUGUAGACACCUGGGAGAAGGACAUCGGUGUCCACCCCCUAGACCUGCCUCAGACCACGUGCCAGGAGCUGUUGUCGGUGCUGACAGCCAGUACUUCCUGUCGCCCUCUGUCGCUGCAUUCCAUGAACUCCUACCAGGUGGCGUACAUGAGACUGUAAUGUCAGAGGUCACGAGCCAUGGAUCCACUCAUCUUUCCUAGAGGGAGGACCAGCAGAAGAAGCACUGGAACACUAGAGUACAGUGACUUAUGUCUUAGGCUGUGUUCAAGAGGCACGUAAUGGAAAACCAAGUUUCGAGCAUUUUCCAAAAAGAACGCUCAUUCCGUUAUAUGUUUUGUAUAGGUUUAUUCAUUUUGGUCCUACUGAACAUGACCCUGAUAGAUGCUGUAAUGCAGACCAUGUAAAAAGACUUGUAUCAUUCCAUUCCAUUGGAAUGUCUGAGUUAUUGAUGACCUGCCCAGAUUAAAUAGUGAAUCUGACUAACA